AUGAAUACAAGAAUCGACUUUUCAAUGCUCUUUCCAGCAGCACGCAAUAAUUAUGCAGGGCCAAAUAUUGCAGUUUGGUUUUUGAUAUUCCUCAAUAUAAUUGGAACACUGCGAAGUCUUGUUCAUAUUUUCUUUCGUGAUAGUGGUGCGCAGUCUAUUGCGACAAUGAAUUUAAAUGUUAGUGGAAGUAAAAACAUCGUGGCACUCCUCGGUCAAUGGGGUGGUGGUCAACUUAUCGUGGCAUUUAUUAUAUGGAUUGUACUUUGGCGCUAUCGAGAAUUUGUUCCACUCAUGAUUGCAGAAGUUGCCAUCGAGCAAUUUAUACGAAUUGCAAUUGGACGUAUGAAACCUAUAAUUACGGCGCGUACGCCACCAGGUGGAACAGGCAGCAUGAUUGUAUUACCACUUGCCACAAUAAUGUUGAUUAUCUCUCUCAUGCACAAUGGAGCAUGA